AUUCCCCUCGGCGACCAGACGGUAGGGAAUGCUUUCAGAACAUCUUAUGCUCCCCCGGUGAAUGAGUGUGCCCGUCUUCCUGUCGACUAUUCAUUGCUGAGCUUCUCUCUUGUCCUUUCUUACUGUCCUCCUCCCCCUGCACCGCUCUUGAGCGCUCCCUCCCCCACCAUGGCCAUCCUCUCGCAGACCGAAGGGCAAGGCCUCAUCGCCUUCCUCCUCUCCCCCACCAUCGCCCCCUUCUUCGUCGUCGCCCUCAUCUACACCAUCAUCAAAAUCAUGGACCGCACCGACGUGCCCAAAAUCAAAAACCUGCCCGAAGUCCCCGGCUGGCCCAUCUUCGGCAACCUGGCGCAGCUCGGCGACAACCACGCCAAAGUCGCACAAGAGUGGAGCGACAAGUACGGCCCCGUCUUCCAGGUGCGCAUGGGCAAUCGCCGCAUCGUUUUCGCCAACACCUUCGACUCGGUGCGCAACUUGUGGAUCACCAACCAGUCUGCCCUCAUCUCCCGCCCCAUGCUGCACACCUUCCACACCGUCGUGAGUAGCAGUGAAGGCUACACCAUCGGCACCAGCCCGUGGGACGAGAGCUGCAAAGCGAGGAGGAAAGCGGCCGCCACGGCGCUCAAUCGCCCCGCCGUGCAGAGCUACAUGCCCAUCAUCGACUACGAGUGCACAAAGUCCAUCAAGGAGCUGCUCAAGGACAGCGAGGGCGGGAAGAAGGACGUCGAUCCCAACGUCUACUUUGCCCGCUUUGCUCUGUCCACCUCGCUCACCCUCAACUACGGCAUUCGCAUCGAGGGCAAUGUCGACGACAAGAUGCUCGCCGAGAUUACGCAUGUCGAGCGGGAAAUCUCCAACUUCCGCUCCACCUCGAACAAUUGGGCGGAUUACAUUCCUGCGUUGCGUCUGCUGCCUGGUGGGAGUGAUAAGCCGCUUGAAUACAAGAAACGUCGGGCGACCUACAUGAACGAACUACUCAACAUGCUCAAACAGCGCAUCAAAGAAGGCACCGACAAGCCUUGCAUCACCGGCAACGUCCUCAAAGACCCCGACGCCAAACUCAACGACGCCGAAGUCAUGUCCAUCGGCCUCAGCAUGGUCUCCGCCGGCCUCGACACCGUCCCCGGCAACCUCAUCAUGUGCAUCGCCUACCUCUCCUCCCCGCACGGCCAGGAAAUCCAGCGCCGCGCCCACGCCGAAAUCACCGAGCUCUACCCCAACGGCGACGCCUGGGAGCGCUGCCUGCACGAGGAAAAGUGCUCCUACGUCACCGCGCUCGUGAAGGAGACCCUGCGCUUCUGGUCCGUCAUCCCCAUCUGCCUGCCCCGCACGUCGACAAAGGACAUCACCUGGCGCAACGCCACCAUCCCCGCCGGCACCUCCUUCUACAUGAACGCCUACGGCGCCCACUACGACACCUCGCACUUCACCUCCCCCCACGAAUUCAACCCCGACCGCUACCUCUCCGACAAUUCCAUCGACGACGCGGCCGCGCACCGCGGAACCCCGCACUACGGCUACGGCGCCGGCUCGCGCAUGUGCAUCGGCUCCCACCUGGCGAACCGCGAGCUGUACACCGCCUUCCUGCGCAUGAUCAUCGCCUUUGAGAUUGUCGAGCCGCAGAGCGCGCGCGACAAGCCCAUCCUCGACGUGUUUGGGUGCAACAAGAUUCUGACGAGCUUGACGCUCAAUCCCAAGGAGUUCAAGGUGGGGUUGCGCGUGCGGGAUCGUGGGGUCCUGGAGAAGUGGAUUCGGGAGAGUGAGGAGCGGACGAAGGAUUUGUGAGGGAAGACGAGGAGAUUUAGUUGUUUAUUUGGAGAAUGUCUGGCGUGAUAUGUAGCGGUGGGAGGGUGAUGCGAAUCUAGUCUUGUUGUAUAUGUCAUGCUGGCUGAAUCCUCAUCGAGCUUCACAUACUCCGCUAUGAAGAGUCUCAUCGCGCUUCCUUCUACCGCGACCCCAACACAAUCCCCUCCUCCUCCGCUCCCCUCAUAAUAUAACUCUUCACCUUCGCAUCCGGCGCAAGAUCAAUCGCAUACGC